AUGGGUAACUGGGCAGUGAAUGAAGGGCUCUCCAUCUUUGUCAUUCUGGUGUGGCUGGGGUUAAAUGCCUUCCUCUUCGUCUGGUACUACCGAGUCUAUGAUCUUCCGGACAAGUAUUUUUAUACACGCAAGCUUCUUGGGCCUGCUCUGGCCCUAGCAAGAGCCCCUGCUGCUUGCCUGAAUUUCAACUGUAUGCUGAUCCUGUUGCCUGUCUGCCGAAACCUGCUCUCCUUCCUCAGAGGUUCUAGCGCGUGUUGUUCAACACGGAUACGGAGACAACUGGACCGGAACCUCACCUUUCAUAAAAUGGUGGCAUGGAUGAUUGCCCUUCACACUGCAAUUCAUACCAUUGCUCAUCUCUUUAAUGUGGAGUGGUUGGUGAAUGCCAAGUCCAAACUUCACUCUGAUAAUUAUUCAAUUGCCCUCUCUGUUUUUGAAGAUAAUCCAAGCAUUGGCCAAACUUAUAUUAAUUUUGUUGAAAAGACAUACAAGAACCCUGAAGGUGCCUUGUAUGUGGCUUUCACUUACUUAGCUGGCCUCACUGGGGUUAUUAUUACAUUAUGCCUCAUAUUGAUCAUAACCUCCUCUACCAAAACAAUCCGGAGGUCUUACUUUGAAGUUUUUUGGUUCACUCAUCACCUCUUUGUCAUCUUCUUCAUUGGUCUCGCCAUCCAUGGAGCUGGCUCAGAUUUGAGCAGGCUUCUCUUGGAGCAAAUCUAUUUUUACUGGUUAUGUCGAGAUACACAUGCCUUUGAAUGGUUUGCUGACCUCCUACAGUUACUAGAGACCCAAAUGCAAGAGAAGAACAAUGCCGAUUUUCUCAGCUACAACAUUUACCUUACUGGUUGGGAUGAAACUCAGGCUACUCAUUUCACUGUGCACCAUGAUGAAGAGAAGGACGUGAUAACAGGCCUGAAACAAAAGACCUUGUAUGGAAGACCCAACUGGGAAAAUGAAUUCAAAACUAUUGCCAGUCAGCAUCCAAAUACCAGGAUCGGUGUGUUCCUCUGUGGACCUGAAGCCCUGGCUGAUACUCUCAACAAGCAAAGCAUCGCCAACUCUGAUUCUGGCCCUCGAGGGGUGCAUUUCAUUUUCAACAAGGAAAACUUCUAA